CUUCCCUCGCUGUGAUUCUUCUUUUCCUCACCUUCUGUAUUCUCACACCAAACACACUGUAAAGCUUUCAAUUGAGCCAAAUAUCGAGCUUUGAUACCCCGCGACAGCUCUCGCAAGCAUCCGCGAACGAUGGAAGUGCCUACAGCAACUUCCUUACACGACAUCUACCCCGAUGAUGCUAUCCCCGUGGAAAAGACGCGCUGGGAGAAGCUGCUAGCAUCGUUCAAGGAGAAGUAUGGACACCAGGCCGACUUUGUAUCCAGAAGUCCGGGCAGGGUGAACCUGAUUGGCGAACAUAUCGACUACUCCUUAUACGAGGUCCUCCCUAUGGCUGUCACCGCCGACUUCCUCAUGGCCGUUGCCGUCCGCCCUACCACCGGCAAAGCCACCGUCCGCAUAGCAAACGUCCUCUCGGAGAAAUUCCCAAGUCGAGAAUUUGAGAUCCCAGCGGAAGGCGAGGUGCCAAUUGACGCGUCUGCGCACGAAUGGACAAACUACUUCAAGUCCGGGCUACGAGGAGCGACAAAGCUAUUACAACAGAAGAAGAAGGAUGCACGAUUCACAUCCGUCGGCAUGGACAUAUUAUCAGAUGGCACGGUACCAAGUGGCGGCGGGCUAUCUAGCAGCGCAGCUUUCGUGUGCACGAGCGCGCUAACAGUCAUGAAGGCGAACGGAGAGGAGAAGGUGGACAAGACGGAGUUGUGUGAGCUGGCUAUUGUCUCAGAACGGGCGGUUGGUGUGAACUCAGGAGGCAUGGAUCAAUCUGCUUCUGUGUUCUCCCUACGCGGAAGUGCUCUUUACGUCUCCUUCAAACCCAGUCUGACCGCCACACCAAUCUCCUUCCCAUCCACUUCUCCUGAGCUCACCUUCGUCAUCGCUCAAUCCUUCGUCGCAGCCGACAAACACGUCACAGCGCCUGUAUGCUACAAUCUCCGAGUCGUUGAGUGCACAUUAGCAGCUGUCUACCUGGCAAAGGUCUUCAAUCUCAAAACGCCACUACCAACCGACUCAUCACCCCUCGGUACCUCUCUCCGCGGCUUCCACGACACCUACUUCGAGGAGAAAGAAGGCAUCUCAGACAACAGCAAAACUUCCGUGACUGAUUUCAAGGUCCAGCUCGAGAAGCUGGCUCAGCUAACUCAAGACUACCUCAUACAAGAAGAAGGCUAUACCCGCGCCGACAUCUGCGGCCUGCUAGGCAUCUCUGAGGAUGAGCUCAACGCAAAGUACAUGUCCAAGUUUACCGUCCGCGCAGAACGCUUCAUGCUCCGCCAACGCGCCCUCCACGUUUUCACAGAAGCCGAGAGAGUCAUCAAAUUCCGCCAGCUGCUCUCCUCGCCACCCACAGACGGCGCCGGCGACGCUCUGCUCACCUCCUUGGGUGACUUGAUGAAUGCUACGCAAGAUUCAUGCCGCGAUGUAUAUGAUUGUAGUUGUCCGGAACUGGACGAGCUGUGCACCCUUGCUCGGGGAGCCGGCGCGUAUGGGAGCCGACUCACUGGUGCUGGAUGGGGUGGUUGCAGUGUCCAUCUCGUGCCAAAGGACAAGGUUGAUGCCGUGAGGAGUGUGUGGGAAAAGGAGUACUACCGGAAGAAGUGGCCAGAAAUCAGCGACGAGAAGCUGGCUGAGGCGGUCGUUGUCAGCAAACCGGGAAGUGGGAGUGCGGUGUUCAAGGUGCUAGGUGAUAUGGUUGUUUGAAAGCGUGGAAUAGAGACCUCAAAGGUUUGGAAAUGGAGUGGUGCACUCCAGACGGACGGAGUAUGGCGAACGAGUAGAUAAUUCUAUUAGCGAAAAUCUACCCCGAACACGGGUCUCGAAUAAAUACAAUGCAUGCCAUAUCAAAAGCAGGCCACAUCUUUCCACAAACCAU